ACCAUGAUGUACAUGCUCUCGCUGACAAUCAAGAUCAGCAGCAACCGCCCACUCCCCACGAAGCCCACUUCGCACGCCCCCCUCGCUCUCCAGUAGCAGAGCCAGCCGCGAGCCGAGCACGCCACCCACGCUUUGCCACGGGCGUCGCCACCCGCGCCGACGGCCGCGGAAACCACUCCGGCAGCAGGAGGACGACGGGCUGUUGCGCGUUCCGGACGGAAAUCUCCCCUCCCCAUCUCCGCAUUGGAUCGCGCGGCGGCACCGCGCUGGGGUGUGGCGGUCGCUGCUGCUGCCUGCGCUCGCAGAGGCCGGUACGGGAGCCGCACGAGGCGGCAUCAAUCUAGCAAAUUAGAAGUAUUCUGAAAUGGGUGCCAGAGAUAAUGGGGAAGCGGGGGAUGAGAAGAAGGGGGCUGGAUCAGAUUAUGUACCUGUAAGAGACUCUCUUUCAUCACAAGGUGAAUCUCGGGUUUCAAAGAAGCUCAGUAAAAAAGAGACAACAGAAAAUAGCCCCCGCACAACCAAAAACAAUGCCAUCCGUCAAGCUCAAAACAAGCUGCAACAUAGAGGACCAAACAAUGUUCAGAACAGAUCUCAGAAGCAAAAGAAAACAGUUAAUGCUGCUAAAGCUAUUGAAGUUAGAAAACCAGAUAUUGCAAGAGUUCCUUCUCGCCCUCCAUCAGAAUUGUCUGAGGAAACAAAUGAUAUAUUCAGUGACGCUGGAACCGUAGAUGAUAAAGGCAAUGAGGAGGCCAAGGAGAUCGAUGUGUUAGAUGAAGCUCCCCACUGUGAUCAGAGUACAGGUACUGAUGAUGAAAUUCCUGAUAUCGAAGAAAAGAUAAUUGAUCAUGACAAACCAGUUGUAGGUCAACGAAAUGGAGAAUUAGAGUCAAAGAUUGACAAAUUGGAACAAGAACUCCGUGAAGUUGCUGCUCUUGAAGUUUCUCUGUAUUCUGUAGUGCCUGAGCAUGGAAGUUCAGCACAUAAGUUGCACACCCCAGCUCGGCGUCUUUCUAGGCUAUAUAUUCAUGCAUCCAAGUUUUGGUCCGCAGAUAAGAGAGCUUCAGUAGCAAAAAACACCGCUUCUGGCCUUGUGCUUGUUGCGAAGUCCUGUAGUAAUGAUGCUUCAAGGUUGACAUUCUGGCUGUCGAAUACAGUUGUCCUCAGAGAAAUUAUUGCACAAGCUUUUGCCAUAUCACCUCAAUUGUCCAUGACAACUAUGAACAUGAAUGGUGGUGCCCAAAAGCUUGAUGGGAAAUCCAUGACAAUGCUAUGGAAAAACAGCUCUGAUACUCCCAUGCAGAUGCCAGAUGAUUGGCAGGAAACAAGUACACUUUUGGCUGCAUUAGAGAAGAUUGAAUCUUGGAUAUUUUCUCGGAUUGUCGAGACAGUGUGGUGGCAGGCACUAACUCCUCACAUGCAAACCCCGGCAGAAGGUUCAUCAACUCCAAAGGCUGGGAGAGUGUUAGGUCCUGCUUUGGGUGAUCAGCAGCAGGGCACCUUUUCUGUUAACCUGUGGAAGGCUGCAUUUCACGAUGCAUUCAGCAGAAUGUGCCCCCUUCGUGCUGGUGGACAUGAGUGCGGCUGUUUACCAGUACUAGCAAAAUUGGUGAUGGAGCAAUGUGUUGCCCGUUUGGACGUUGCAAUGUUUAAUGCCAUCCUUCGUGAAUCAGCAAGCGAGAUACCAACUGAUCCUAUAUCUGAUCCAAUUGUUGACCCAAAAGUCCUGCCGAUUCCAGCUGGUGAUCUAAGCUUUGGGUCAGGCGCCCAGCUGAAGAACUCUAUUGGAAACUGGUCGAGAUGGCUGACAGAUAAGUUUGGCAUGGACAACGAUGAGUCUGAAAACAUAGGAAAUGAUGGUGAUGAAAGAAGAGGUGCGGCUGAAUCAAAAUCUUUUCAACUGCUUAAUGAAUUGAGUGAUCUCCUGAUGCUCCCAAAGGACAUGCUUCAUGAAAAAUCUAUCAGGAAAGAGGUCUGCCCUUCGAUUGACCUUCAAUUAGUGACAAGAAUUCUGUGCAACUUCACCCCGGAUGAGUUCUGUCUUGACCCUGUUCCAAGCACAGUCUUAGAGGAGCUGAAUUCUGAGACCUUGCUGGAGCGUUGCACUGACAAAGAUGUGAUCAGCUCAUUUCCGUGCAUCGCUGCUCCUGUUGUGUACCACGCACCUUCAACACUGGAUGUGGCAGAGAAAGUGGCAGACAUAGGAGGCGGCGCAACGCUGGACCGGAAAGCGUCAAUGGUGCAAAGGAUAGGAUACACCAGUGAUGACAACCUGGAUGACCUAGACUCUCCCCUUGCAUCCCUAAUUGACAGGAGUGCUCCACCUUCACCAUCUAACGGUGUCGCACAUUUUAGUGGUCAGAGAGGGGCUUCCAUGGAGAAUUCGAGAUACACACUCCUAAGAGAAGUAUGGUUGGAGGGGUGGUGAUAGAUGAAUGUAUAAGAUCAAAAGAAGGCGUCUAUGUGUAGGCCCGUGAACAAUCUAUCUAUGCAGUCAAAAUGCAACCCGUUCUUGUACAGUACAUUCAUGUAAUCCUAUAUAUGUUGCUCUUUUGUAGAAUAGCAGCAAUUCAGAUACGAAUAGUUCAA